AUGAGCGAUUAUUCAGUCCAAUUCGAAGAAGAGGAACAAAACCCAAACGAAGAUUUUACUCACUCCCCUUUUAAAUUAGAACUAAUAUAUUUUUUUUUGAAUUUAAAGAUGGGCUAAUUAUUAUCUAUACAAAUUUAUAAAAUUUUAAAAAAUAUAAACGAGCACAUAUUUAAAUUUUAAUUAAUUUUAUGAAUAAUUCAUUAAAAAAUUAGAUUAUUCAGCGUAAAAACAAUUUAAUGAUACUCUACUUGCUCUUUUUUCCAUUAAAUUAGGUCAAAACUAUUAUAUAAAAUUAGUAAUUUAACUAUAAAAUUUACCGUAGAGAAAUUAAAAUUUUGUUUUAAAAAAUGAAAAUUUUUCUGGUAUUUUUGUUUCGAUUUUUAGGGAAAGUCAAGAAAUCCAUUCCCCUCAAAAUAUGCAAAAUUCAAUAGAGUUUACUAACUCUUCCUCCGUGAGUGAGCAAAACUAUUGGAAAAAUCCCUAUUUUUUGGAUAAAAACCCUUAAUAUCAAAAUUUUUUAUGAAAAAAAAAUUGAUGUAUAAGUGAUAACUAUUAUAAUGAAAUCUCUGGCUAAUUCUGUUCGAUAAUAAACAGCUUGUAUUCUAAAAUAUAAUUUUUGCAAAUUAAAUUAAUUUUUACUUGUAAAUUUUUGCGCUAAAUUUUGAAAAAACAAUCACUCUAAAAUUUAUAUAUAAAUUUUAAAAAAAAAUUAAGUGAACAAAAUUUUUUGUUCACUUACAGAGGGGAGGAGUAAAAGUCCAAGCCACUCCAAAUCGAAACCCGUUUUAUCAAAACUAAAAGAUGAAUCCACCACUAUUGUUGCUGAGGAUCCUGUGACUUUACAAUCCCUUCGUCGAGAAAACACCAAACUCCGAGCUGAAUUAAAAGAUUUAAAUCAAAGGCUCAACACUUUCAUAGAAUUAGCUGAAUUCAAUAAAAAGCAAAAACCUGUAAUAAUCAACGACGAAGCUUUGCAAAUUGAACUUGAUAGCGCUAAAAAGAAAUUAGUGCUUUAUGAGUAAACCCCAUAUAGAAAUGAAAGCAAAAACCUGUUAGAUCGAGUAAUCCAAAUCUCUGAUCCUGAAUAUGAAGUCAGGCUAAAAGACUGGAUUAGUGAAUACGAAGGUAUCCUACAGUCAAAAGAUAUGCAGAUGAGGAUUAAUGAGCUUAAACAAUAUAAACGAGAUAAGGCACUAAACAACAUUACUGAAACCGGCGAAACCUCUCAGCUGAGGCAAGAGUUUGCACAUCUCAGCUCAGAAAUUGAAGUAGUCAGAAUCAAGCUACAAAAAGUUGAAGAAAAGCAAGCAUUUACCGAUAAAAGAUAUAAAGAAAUCACCGACUUAAUUGAACAAUAUAAUGAUGAGCAGAAAACUCUUUUACAGCAUCCUUAUGUCAAAGAUGCUGAAAAAUUAGAAAAUGAGCAAGCUGAUAAGGAAAAGCAUAAAAAUUUAUGGAAAAAAUACUGUGUGAGGGAAAGAGAAUAUAAAACAAAAAUAAGAGACUUAAGCCAAAAAAUAAGCGAACUAGAAGAAGCCAUUGAGAAAAUCGACAAAAAAGAAGUGAAAAUUAAAAGUGACAUCCAAGAAAAAGACCUUUUUUUGAAAAAAUUCCAAAAUGAUAUUGGAAAUAUGAAAGAAUUUGUCAUGAAGUCAAUUUCAGGCAAUGCUUUCAGAUCUAGCAUAGGAGCCUCUGUUAAAGAUUUGCGUGAGUUUUACCUUGGGCCUACUAGUACAAAGAGUGCUACGAUCACUCCUAAGCCUAAACUUCGAAUCAGGUAG